GUAAAAACGAGAGAAGCUGAGCAGCUGGUGGCUCACGACAGUCUUCUAUGCAAAGAUGAGAUGAAGACGACGCUUGUUUGCGCCUGUCCUUUACUUGCUUCUCAUGCUCCUGCUCUUCUCAGAAGUCCUGCUUUCUUCUAGCUGCAGGACGGCAUCACAGCGGUUGCGCGAUUGGUUCGACACUGUCCUGUGUGCUACGCAGAGGACCACAGUUACUGGUGUGCGAUUAUCGGCGUCCCCGUCCACCUCGUAUGCAUGUCCUGACGUUUACAGCUAUCAACAGGAGGAAGCAGCAAAGAAAAUGACAGCUGCAUCGCAAAGAAGAAACUACUCGACGAGCAGGUGGACGAAGCCUCUAGCUCUGCUACGCCGACGUCUUCUGACCUCAAAAUUCUUCCUCCUCGCCUCCAUCACCGGCUUAGUGCAAGCAAUAGCCGAGUUCAAUGUCAAUGAGCCGACUAUCUAUUUCCGAAACAACGCAUCCUUAGCAGCUGAACAAGCUCCACAGCCAUGCCCAAUCCUUUACCUAUCCAGUAAAGACCCUCUCACCGACCCUACUACGGGUCAGCAGCUGCAACUGCAGCACUUCAGGGCUACCUUCACCGAUGCCACAGAUUUGGUGCCGUUUGGCAAAUCUAGUCAUCCUCUGUACCAUUUGGAUGACCGAAAUUUCCCUCAUGUCCCUAGAGCGUUCACGGAAGCGAAAAUGGGCGUAAGGAAAUUGUCGUUUUUUUAAGGCUCCAGAGAACCCGACCUCACGGACGUGGAUUCCGUUGAAAUACUGCGCUGGUGGUGCCUGCCGAAUUCUCGGACUUUUUUACUGAGGCAAGUACUGGGGCGAGUAUUUUGGCGGGAUCUAUUCAUCAUGGGACCGCGGGUUGUGGGUAGCUCUAAUUUUUGUUUCCAGCAUUAGAGCCCAUGGACGACUUGAUGUUUUCUCUUCUUGCCGAUGCCAAGGAAAACUUUCCUGACGACGUUUAUUUUGAUCUCGGCACGCCUGAAAGUCGGCUUCCCGCUUUCCAGAACUACACGUUUUCUAUCCUCUUCGCCCAAGACAACAACGAAAUACCGAGUGCGCGACUGCUGGAGUGCAUAGCUUAUGGCGUGGUUCCUGCGUUCAUUUGGUGGCAAGACGAGCAGACGGGACAGCCUUUGUUUCGGCACUUUCUCGAUUACUGCUACUACUUCAAAUACGCCGUUGCGAAGUUCCGGUUUCCUAGUUUCACGCCUCAGGCUGCGCACAAAUUCCUCACUGAAGAUGCCCACGCAGACGCCAUUUACGUGAUGCAGAGUAGCUUGAAACUUGUGCAGGACUUCUUCUUCUACAGAUAUAGGCUGCCGUUCCGGGAGAACUUGCGCCAACAAGCGAUGAUGGUGUGCCGCGAGCAAGAACAAGCGCAAUUGACGCCGUUCGCGUUCAUUGGUAUUUUGAGCGGAAAACCGAACUUCAAUAGAAGGCAAGCGUUGAGGGAUACAUGGCUCAAAAUCUUGGAGAAUGAUAUUCCAAGAGGCGUGGGGCCAAUCGCGGAACGCCCUCAGAGGGACGAAACGCCAUUGCGUGUAACGUACAAAUUCUUCGUCAAUCGGGUGGGGAGUUUAUGAAUGGCGUAGAAGUUGCGUGAAGAUGAACUCAUUGUCAUUCGUGCUUAAUUGGUUCUGAUCACUUUGAACUUUUUCUCGAGGGUGGCAGGCACGACACUAGCGUCUGUUCAGAUCACAGUGAAAAAACAUCACGAUCACACCCACAGACGAAGACAAUCCCCUCGUCCCCCUCCUUUCAUCGUCUGAAGACAGCGAUGCCGAGGACCCCGACUGGCUUUUGAGGGGAGAAGCGGAACUGUUCCGAGAUGUCGUCUUUGUUGAUGCGAUUCCAGAGUAUCCCAUCGGGAAUCAAGGCUUGAAGAUGUGGCACUGGGUUGCGAAUCAUACAGAUGCCGGCUACAUUCUCAAGAUAGAUGACGAUAUCUAUUUGAGACCAGUGCAGUUUUUUCAGACUUAUGGAACGAAGGUCAUGGGGAAGAUGUGGAAACUAAACAUGUUUUACAACAGUGACAUGGAGUGCCAGGAGCAGCUCCAGCUCUAUACACGACUUAUAGCUUAAGACAACUUCUAACUUAAAUUAUUCAGCUUCUUAAGUUAUAGUCAACUUAAAUUAUUUCCACGUGGUCAAGUUCUAACUCUGUUUGAACCAACUGCAGAGAGCUCAGCUCUACCUUGGUGCGUUUGACUACAGUGGUGAGGUGAUUCGGGAUCCAGGCUCUGCGCACUUUCUGGAUGACGACACAUUUACGUCUGACGUCUUCCCCCCUUAUGCUCGUGGUGCUGGAAUCGUGAUCACUCUGGAUCUGGUCCGCAGAUUCGUGGAAGAAGACAGAAAGAAACGAUUGAAGCGACCUAUCCGUGUUGAAGACGCGAGCUACGGGUUGUACUUGCACCAGCUGGUGACGAGAGUUAUGAUUGAGAAGGAAUGUUGUCGAAGAUUUUGAGUUCUGCAACUGUUUGUAGGUUUUUGCUAGAAGAAACAAACUGAACUAUAACCGACGUCGAUUCACCUCCAUGUAGGAUGUACCCUGCUGCAUCAACACCACAUGCAAAAAAGGAGCAAAAAAGGAAGAAAAGAAGAAAUAGAUAUCUUCCAACAACGACCUCUUGCCAGGCACAUCAAGCAAUCAAUCAAUCUAAUACCCGCCUCAGCUCCGUGUCUCUUUACGACAUGAUGGAGGAGCAUUUCGCUAUGGACGCUAAGUGCUGCACUGAAAUUUCGCAUCCCAAUAACUGCUGGGCACCACUGAACAACCGCAGCUACGUCAUCCACCACAUGAAGCCAGAACAGCUAGUCUGCAUGUUCAAGAAGGACGUGGCCCAAGGAUUGUAUGUGCAAGUGCCGAGAAGUGGUCCCGGUGGGUCAAUGCCAUCGUUGGGAGGUCUUCCACAAAUGAAUAGCCUCGGAUUAGUACAAGAACAAGCUCCAACAACAAUCCAACAGAAGCACUCCUCUCGAAAGACCAUCAGAGAACAACAGUUAGAAAUGUGGUUGACGAAUUUUGGCGGCGAACGGAAGAAACAGGGCAUAGAUUUCGACUAUUACCUACAAAGUGAUCCAAAAAUCAUGGAUUUGGAACGCACGAAGAUACAAGACAUGCAGUUGGCAGACCUCUGUGAGUGUGUCCAUACACCACCGCCUCAUCCGGACAAGCCAUUAGAUGGCAACCACGUGCUGAGGGACGCUGACGACGCUCCGAAACUGCAAUACAGACCAAGUUUUAGCUGGUAGGGGAGAAUUAAUCGACAACAAUGAAGUAGACGUCGAGUACUCUAUGAAGCAAGUAAAACAAGUAGCAGCUGUAGACAUCUAAUGAAAAUGAACCAAGCCAACCAGUGAUGUACAACUCAACUGAAUUGCAAUAAAGAUCAUAUGUCUCGAGAAACCUUUGAGGAAAAAAGAUUUUUAACGCAGUUCUUCACUUCACGACACCUAACAAAUGAUUGAAAACGAAUCCUCAAUGUGAACAAGAGAUGAUGGUCGUAUAGCCACAUUCUGAAACAAAAACGAGAUGAGCACGCAAGAAGACGCAAAUCAAAUCGAUGUAACGCACGCGAAGUUUUAAUGCAACUCGCAGAUGAAGAGUCAUACCGACAGGCC